GAGCUGCGUGCGCGCUCCCGUCGCGGCGGCGGCGAGCCGCGUCAGAGCUCGCUCGCUACGGGGGGGGUUGACGGCUUCUGGCGGGUGUCGGUGUCGGGAGGAGGCGAGAGUCGGCUUAGCCUGUGUCGCGUCUGUCUCAGGAACCGGACGGAGAGUGAGGGCACCAGGGCUCACUCUCUAGGGGGGCUGCCAUCUUCCACGUCCACGCCGUCGUGAGGAGCGCAGCCCGGACUCUCCACGACCCCUCCGACUCCCUACUCGCGGGCUCUAGGCCGCCGCGGCCACCGAGACAGCGCCGCACCUCCCCCACCCCUUCCCCUCGUCCCCCGCCCGCCAGGGCCCGGCCGGUGCCCCACCCCCGCCUGCCUGCCUGCCGGACCGCCCGCCCGCUACGCUGUCGCCAUGUCGGCGCAGGCCCAGAUGCGCGCUAUGCUGGACCAGUUAAUGGGCACCUCUCGGGACGGGCCCUGGUGGUGGCAACCGCCUGUGUGCCACUGAAAAUCGUGCCGAUGCCUGGCAUACUGCAUAAAUGGAAGCAGGGUACCGCGUGAGUUGAAACAUUGGUCACACUAUAUAAAGUUUGUAUAUGUGAAUCAGUGUAACUCAAACCCAUGUAACUGGGGGUCUGUCUAUAUUUGGAAUUUUCUAAUAAGAUAUAAGUUUAGGAAAAGAACAUUGGGCUGAGACUCAGGAGACCUGGUUUCUAAUUAGAAGCUUGGGUAAGUGACAUAACCUUUUUGCCUCAAAUUAAAUCUGUAAUUUGUUAUAUGGGAAGCCAAGUAGUUUUCUAUGUUAUACUAAAAAUAUUAAAUAAAUAUAAUUAGUUUUUCUUAGAAAAGUCACAAGUAGAUAUCAUUACUAGUAUUUUUAAAUUAGUUACAUUUAAGAAAUUUUUUGCCUUAGAAAAGAGAGAUAAUUAAUUGGUUUUCGCUGAGCAUAUUCUAGAAGGUAACAGUAACACAGGAAAUUUUAAGAAACAUUUUGAAAAUUGUUUUUGUGAUAGUUGAGAGAAAGCACUGUAGUGCCCUCAGAUGGAUAGUGGUUAUUUUGACUAGAUUGGAUUAAUUGUAAGAAUGUCCCUUGGCAAUGUUACUCUAUGGGCACGUAGUUUGGGUAUGAAUAUCUGGCUGAGAUUCCAGAAAGACUUAGGAAGGUACAACUAAAGUGAAUUAAACAUAAUUGAGGUGGACUGGAAUACCACCACCUCCCCAGUAAUAGGGAUCAAACUCCAGGCUUUUCGUGUGCUAGGGAGCUCUGAACCACUAAACUAUACCCUUAGGCCUAGGACCAGGACCUAGAUUACAUCCUAAAAUUUGAAGUUUGACGUUUAGAAGGUUGUUCUAAGGCUACUAUGCUUUUAAAAUUGUUUUGUUUGUUUCUUUUUUUUUAAGAUUUAUUUAUUAUUUUACAUAAGUACACUGUAGCUGUCUUCAGACGCACCAGAAAGGGGGUGUCAGAUCUCAUUACAGGUAGUUGUGAGCCACCAUGUGGUUGCUGGGAUUUGAACUCAGGACCUUCAGAGCAGUCAGUGCUCUUACCCACCGAGCCAUCUUGCCAGCCCUUAAAGUUGUUUUUAUGGGAGCACAAACCAUUUCUGAAAGGUUAAAAUAAAAUAGGAGUGAUAGUGUAUCUUCAAAUGUGCCUUCGAAGUCAACCUAUAGACCCAAAAUGUAGAUCGUAGAAAUAAAAUUGUAUGGUAUCAUCCAUGAUACUGAGUAUCUUUGAGCAGACAAGCUACCUACAGCUGGGGAUGUAUCUAAGUGGUGGAGCGCUUUCUUAGCAUGAGCAGUGACCUGUACAAUCUUCAGUACCACAACCCUUCCAUCUAACUCCUGAGUGACAAAAAGCUCCUUAAUGGCUCUGGACCCUGACAGGGAUGUCAGUCAAUGUUCCUGGAGUAGUAGAUCAUAAUUGUUGUAUAUGGGGCUUUCCUCUGAUCCUAACAUUUGGCUGUGGAGGCAAGAGGAUCAGGAGUGUUCCACACUCAGCUACACAGUUAAUGAGGCUACUUUAGGCAACAUGAGACACCAUCUCAAAAGCCAAAUCAACAAGACACCAAAAACAUACAUAAGAAUUUUUAGAUAGUUUUAGCUAUUUAGAAUAGUAAUUUUAAUGAGCUAUAGGAUACUUACUCAGUUUAUAAUACAGGAUAUUAAUCUUAACUGCUACCCAGUUGUGUAGUGUGUGAUAACAUAAAAUUGAAGGAAAAGUUUUUAGGUAAUAACCUUGGAAAAUGCAGUUCAGAAAGUAAUGUACCUAUUCUUAGUACAAGUUAGAAAUACCUAGCUAAUACAUCUACAUUUGUAUAGAACAUUACUGCAAAAUUAUUGAAUCAAAGAUUUUCAGUAGUGUUUUUCUUUUGUGGGUUUAUCUUUUUGUAAAAUCAUCUUUAUUGUAACUUGUGUUUCUUGACUUGUCAUCGACACAUAUUCUCUUAAUUUUGUUCUCAUCUUAAUGAAUUAUACUUAUAUCUUGGUCAGUUGUAAGCCAUCCAUUUAUUAUACUUGGCUCAUUUCAUUUUAAGUAAAAGAGGUAUAGCCUUAAAUGCACGAGCAUACAUUUUAUAAAAAUACAUAAAUGGGAUAUUUCUUAGUCUAGAGCAUGUACAUAUAAGGCCAAACAGUUUUCAUGUAUGUCUGUAACCAUUUGAUUUUUGUUACUGUUCAGGCAUCUUCCACAACAUUGAAAAACUCUUGUUAGCACUUGAAUAGUGAAUCAGUUAAAGUUUCCCCCUCACUUUGUAUUUUGAAUUCUAAAUAAUAUUUCUGUCUACAGAGCAGCCCAGAAAACAAUAAAAAUCUCACCUCAUAGAACCCUGUUAUCUUGGAAUCUCUGCAGUUGUUUAGCACUCCUCAAGUAAGCCUAUGUUUUUGAGACAGUAUUUCAGGUAAAAAAAAUAAAAAUAGAACAGAAGAUAAAUUAUUUUUUGUGUAUGUGUAAGUAAUGUAAGUGGGAAGUACGUUUUUAGUUAAAGUAGAAUGUCAGCUAAGGAUAAAAUGUGUGCAGGAUGGGGACUUCAAAAGCAAGUAGAUGUUAUGGUCAUGCUCAGGUUCAUUGUUCAGUAAUGUGCUUCUUAUAGACAGUGAAAUUUAAAGUUGCUUAGGGUUUAGAUAAGCAAUGGGCUGAGCACUAAAUGAAGGUCAGUGAGUGUGGUAAGAAUAGAAAAAAUGAGAUAGCUGCUUCUUAAUGAGCUUCUAGCUGGGCAUGGUGACACACCAUGUAAUCCCAUUGAGAGACUUAAGCAGGAGUACCUAGAAUUCUAGGCUGGGUUGGGCUCAAACAAACAAAAAGUGAAAUUGCAAACAUGGAAGGAAUAUAUUUGUAAUCCUAGCAUUCUACCAUUUGGGAGACUGAAGCUGGAAGAUGAUGAGUUUUGAGGUCAAUGUAGGUUUCAAUGGAAAAAAAAGAUGCGUGAAGCAGUUCAGAACUGCUACUUUUGAGGAAAUAUAAACAGGCCUAUCCAUCCUAAUGAGUCUUUGAAGAAAUUGUAGACUAAGAAGACGAAAGAAGUUGGAUCAUCAUAUUGGAGAAAAAAAUGAGGGAGUGAACCAGGUUGUGAACCAUGUACAACUGAUGUUUGACCUAUUUGACUCAACGUGAAAAGAAUUUAACCAGCUGCCCUUGCUGACUCUUUUAUCCUGUCUCAAGAAUAUGUUGUUGAUCACAUAGCAUGGUCAUCCACUCACAUCUUAAAAAAAUACAGGGAGCAUCGGAGAGAAUGGGUUCAAUGUAUCUAUGCCUGCCUACUUCAAUCUGCAAGGGAGUUUCAGAAAGGCCCCGCAUUCGCCGAGCCGAGAUACUACUCGUCAACGAAUCAAAUUCAGUGAUGACAGAGUAUGCAAGAGCCACCUUCUCAACUGUUGCCCCCAUGAUGUCCUUUCUGGAACAAAAUAUCUGGAAUGAAGAAAAGAUUUCCAGAUUACUUUUCAUAAGCAAGAAUGGAUCUUGGAGAAUGCUUGAAAGUCCAUGACCUGGCUUUAAGAGCAGAUUAUGAAAUUGCGUCCAAAGAACAAGACUUUUUCUUUGAACUUGAUGCCAUGGAUCAUCUUCAGUCAUUCAUUGCAGAUUGUGAUAGAAGAACAGAAGUAUCUAAGAAAAGAUUAGCAGAAACUCAAGAAGAGAUAAGUGCUGAAGUGGCUGCAAAGGCAGAGCGUGUUCAUGAGUUAAAUGAGGAAAUAGGCAAGUUGUUGGCCAAAGUGGAACAACUAGGAGCUGAAGGAAAUGUGGAAGAAUCUCAGAAAGUCAUGGAUGAAGUAGAAAAAGCACGGGCAAAGAAAAGAGAAGCAGAGGAAGUUUAUCGGAAUUCUAUGCCAGCUUCCAGCUUUCAACAGCAGAAACUUCGUGUCUGUGAAGUCUGUUCUGCUUAUUUAGGUCUUCAUGAUAAUGAUAGACGACUUGCUGAUCAUUUUGGGGGUAAAUUGCACCUGGGAUUUAUUGAAAUAAGAGAGAAGCUGGAAGAAUUAAAGAGAGUUGUAGCUGAGAAGCAGGAGAAGAGAAACCAGGAACGUCUGAAACGAAGAGAAGAGAGGGAGAGAGAAGAACGGGAGAAACUGAGGAGAUCUAGAUCCAGAGAGCAUCGCAGACACCGAUCUCGCUCCAUGUCACGAGAACGCAAGAGGAGGACUCGAUCCAAGUCUCGUGAGAAACGCCAUCGCCACAGGUCCAGGUCAAGUAGCCGAAGCCGCAGCCGUAGCCACCAGAGAAGUCGGCACAGUUCAAGAGAUAGGAGCAGAGAGCGAUCCAAGAGGAGAUCCUCAAAAGAAAGAUUCAGAGAUCAAGACUUAGCAUCACGUGACAGAGACAGGAGUUCAAGAGACAGAUCACCUCGUGACCGAGAUCGAAAAGAUAAGAAGCGGUUCUAUGAGAGUGCUAAUGGCAGAUCAGAAGACAGGAGGAGCUCUGAAGAGCGUGAAGCAGGGGAGAUCUAACUAGCUGUGUACAUAUCUUCAAUCCUUAAGCUUCCCAUGGAGUUACAUGCUGUCGUUCAUAGUUGUUCAGGGUGACAGUGAGCAGUUCUAGACACCGAUCCAGUCAGACUAGAUGUACAGUAUCCAGUGAUUUGAACUGAACCUGUUUUCCUUCAUAAAGCCUAAAACUACAUCCAUAGUUUUUUGUGAACCUGAACAUAACAGUUUAUAUGAUGAGAUACUGUUCUCUAUUCUUUCAAGUUAGGAAUGAUAGUGAAUGAAUUGUGUUAAUGUCUUGCAGUUUUUGAACAUUUGUAAAAUACUGUCUUCUUUUCUAUUCCAAACAGCAGCAGCUUUAGGAUUUUUUUUUCAUUAUAAUUCUUCUUCCUUUGACUUUUAUAUUUCCUGAUACCUGUUCCUCCAACUCUAAGAGGAGAGGGUGAAGGGGAGUAAUAUAACUUCUUUUCUAAGGUUCUGUUCACGUUGGUUAUUAGUUGAUUGCAGUUGAGCAUUUCUACUGGAUUGUGUGCUGGAGAAAUUUAAAUAUGGGGCUGUUUUGUUAGGGGCCUAUACAGUUUGAAGUUGAACAGCUGUUGCAUUACAUACUUUUGCUUUUAUAUUGAAAAUUUGAAAUCA